AUGGCAGACAUUAGACAUCUCCUCGCACAGUACCUGCCCACGUGCAGCUGUCAGUCCAGCUCAUGCAUGGGCGCAGAGAAAGAAAGACACGACAGGGCGAUCAUGCGAGUGUUGCGCAUUCGCUACCUGUUCAGAACGAUCGUCUUGGUGGGCCGGCCAAGGUGCAAGGCCCCGCAUGAUUUCACCAAGUACAAGCAGCUAGACUUUGCUCAAUGGCUAAUGUCCACACGGCACUAUUAUGUGCUGAUAGAGAGACUGCUCUAUGGUGAGGCCGCGCCAGUCAAUUGGACGUUUGAAGGCCUGGGGACACUGAUCCAGACGAUGCCCUUCGCCUUAUUCAAGCAUGUCUAUGACCGGAACCGAUACCUCAUGCUCUAUCACCAUCAUGGCCUGCUGCACAGCGCUGCCGCCAGUGGCCGAUUGGAUGUCUUCCAGGUCCUCGAGGCGCAGUCUCACAACUACCCACAGAAGAAGAUAAUGGAGGGUUACUGCUAUGAUCCCUACGAAUAUAACCCCUAUGAAGACUACCUGUUCAUAGCAUAUAUCCAUGGUCACCGUGCUCUUUUUGAGUACCUAUUGCCACAUGAGACGAUGGACAAUAUGGAGCGCAGGAUAAAAGAUGGCAGCACAGAUCCACCAUCUAUCAAGAUGGCCGCCAAUGUUAAUGACAGGCAGUUGUCAGACACGGCACACGUCAUCAAGCAGCUGAUCACGUACAUCACUGAUCUGAAUCAACAGCGCAAGCCAGGGUCACGCUUCACCAUUCAGCAACUCGUGCAUCAGCCGUUCGCGAUCGUCAUGCGUUGCCAAGAUGUUAGUCUGGCGCAACUCGCCGUCAAGCAUAUCCCAUUUGACAGCCAGCUGUUUCAACAACAUUGUGAGGUUGUCUUUCGUCCAGCGUCGAUGUCUGGCUCGGAGUCGGACUCUGAGACACGGCUCGAUAUACUCUAUGGCUCUGACUGGCAGCCCGGCGCAUCAAUCACACUUGAUCAUUCACUCAACUUCCUCAUUGAAGUGCUCGCACUCUAUGGCAUGUCUGUUCCCCGCGCAGACUCGCAACUGGCCACAUUCAGACAGGUCCUCAACGACGUUGGCGCCAUCUACAUUAUCGUCUUUGGAUUGCUAUCAAGCGUGGAUGCACGACCACCACUGAUCUCCUUCAUCAGGAAGGGACUUUUCAUGAACAUCGACAGGUUUUGCCAGCAGUCGCAUCUUCAAGAGUUUCUACGAUAUUUCCUCUCAUUGGACACCAAUGAUCUUGGGCUGGCAACGGUGUGCACCUAUGGUACUCUUGAAAUGGUGACACUUUCACGCGAGAUUACAAAAGACACUGGAUCGCCCCAUCAUGAGCAGAGCUCGGCCGCGCCAUCAGUACCGGUUUAUCCAAAGACAGUGGCCAUCUUUGAGUACAUUGAUCAGCACCACUUGUUCAGCAUGGACAGCUUGGACAUGCUCGUCCAUGUUGCUUCGACCGCUGCACCAGAGUUGAUUCGUGCAUUCCUCACAGCCUUUCCACAAUUUCUGUCCAAUCAUCCAGAUGAAGAGUUGGACACUAUAAGUAUCAACUCUGCCUUGAGUCGCCAUAACAUAGACACAUGCAUCGCCGUUCAAUCAAUGUUGCAGUAUGAAUUGGAUCGAGCCAAACGAUCUGAACUCUUUGACUGUCUCAAAGGGUACACCAGAGAGUUGGAGGUCCGUCACAUCCAAUCCUUCUCCAAGAGUGCCUUGAAGGACAUGAAAUUCACUCCACAGCACGAGAUAAGUGAUGUUGAUCGCGCAGUAGUCGGCCAUCUCCUUUCUCUCACCAUUGGCUUCAAAAAGAAAAACAUAGAGGCACUGUUGUACUCUGCAUGUGCGCUUGGAAUGACAGACACAGUGGCACAGAUGUUCAGCUCAUCCAGGAAGAUCUUUGGCACCAUCCGGUCCGACCCUCAGAUCAUGUCUGGGCUACUCCAUAUGUCGUUCAUCUAUGACCAUCCGGAACUGUGCCAGCAUAUCAUUGGAUGUGGCGCCAUAUUUGUCGAGACUUGGAGUUGGGCGGCAGGGCGCGACGAUGCCUUGCUGCAAUCGAUUGUCGCCCUUCAGAGCCCAACCAAUGAGGACCUUGAAGAUUUGUUGUUCACCGCCUGCCAGAAUUGCAACGACCAAUUGAUCAUGAGCAUUGUUUCAAGAUGGCCUCACGUUCUCGAGACCAGCCGAGAGAAGUUGGUGUCGUAUGCGAUUGAAUGUAUGGAGUUUGACCGAGUCGACCUCUUGGAGUUCUUUGCCCGUACGAUCGUAACACGUCCUGCCGAUCCCCCGUCAUUGGGCCGCUACCAUGCUCUCCAGACGGAGACGACGAUCGAUCUUGUGAUGGUCAAGGAUUACCUGCUUUGGGAGGCACACUCUUACAACAAAUUACGAUGCGUUCGCUGUUUGAACUACCUCGUCGACGGACUUCCCGACCAGACCGUCAAACAACAUAGCAGCAAAUGGAUUAAGUUAAUUAGGCGUGAUCGUAUGAUCCAAGAUGAUGAUGUCCAGGAUGUCAAGCGGCAGAGAACAAACAGCCAUUCAACAAAUUAA